UUUUUUUUUUAUAUUGUUUUUUAGUCUUUUAAUUUUUUUUUAAAAAAAAAAAAAAAUUUGAAAUGGCAAAAUUUUGGCCGGAGCUUAUGAAUGAUCUUGAACAACUUUUCGAAACAAAAGAAAACUAUGACGUUAUUAUGCAAGCAGGAGAAGAGCCAAAUGUACAGGAAAUUUAUGCUCAUUAUUUAAUUCUUUGCUGUCAAUCAAAAUAUUUUCGUUCUAAAUUGAGGGAAAAGAAGGACGGAAAGUUCAUUUUUAAGAAAUCAAAUAUUCCACCAGAAAUUUUAGAAAAUAUUAUCAGGUUUUUAUAUUGUGGAAAGAUUAAUUUAAGUCUUGAAAAUGCUUCGGCUCUAUUAAAAACAGCAAAUGAAUUUGAAUUACAUUCACUUGCUAAUCACAUUCAAGAAUUUUUAAUUGAUAAUCAGAAAAAAUUAUCAAAAAUAAUGUUAUGAAAUUUCUUGAAAAUAUUUUCAAAGUGAAACUUUUGAAAUUAUUGUUUAGAAAUAAU